CGGCGUAGGGCGGCUCUCAGUGCGCAGGCACGGCUCGAGCCAGGCUCCUCCAGGGGUGUAAAUAAUACGCGGCGUCUGAGGCUGCAGCAGCUUAGAGGAGAGAUGGGAACCGAGCGAGAGAUUUGCAGCUAACCCGGCUGCAUUUGCUCACCCGGCAAGGAAGGUUCAGGAGGCGGAUCAGAUAAGAAGGAUGAGUGCAUAUGCUGACAUCUGUGGAUCCAAGCAGGCACAGCAGGGUACCAGCAAGGGGGGCUACCAGCGCUAUGGAGUUCGCUCUUACCUGCAUCAGUUUUAUGAAGACUGCACAGCAUCCAUUUGGGAGUAUGAGGAUGAUUUUCAGAUCCAGAGAUCACCCAGCAGGUGGAGCUCUGCAUUCUGGAAGGUCGGACUCAUCUCUGGGAUGAUGUUUAUGCUGAUAGGGAUAAUAGUUCUUGUAGUAGGUUUUCUUGUAUCCCCAAAAAUUGAAGCCCUGGGAGUAGAAGAUUUUGUUGUGGUGGAUACCCAUGCUGUUCAAUUUAACCGGGCCCUUGACAUCUGUAAGUUGGCAGGAGCAAUACUGUUUUGCCUCGGAGGGACCACGAUGGCAGCCUGUUUGCUGAUGUCUGCAUUUGCGAAAAGCUACUCCAAAGAAGAAAAGUACCUACAGCAGAAAUUCAAAGAGAGAAUAGCAGACAUAAAAGCUCAUGCACACCCGGUCACAAAAGCCCCAGCACCUGGAGAAUCCAAGAUACCUGUUACUUUGUCCAAAGUUCAAAAUGUCCAGCCCUUAUCUGAAACCUGAUGGUUCCCUUUUCCUAACUCACCCACCAUAUGGAUUAGGAAAGAUUGGCUUUGGCUAGUGUAUCUGUGUUUGCAGUGCAGCACCACUGCCUUCUUCAUCCAGUAGGGAGAAAGGAGCAGAUUGAAAAACUGGUCUGGUAAGAAUGUAGAAGUGGCAGAAAGGUUCACCCAUUCGUGGUCUGAACAAAGCAUGAAUAUGCUUACCACGUAUGAGUUGGGUUAUAUAGGGUGUACUGAACAAAUUUUUACCCACAAGGCCCUGAAAAACACAAUUAGAUUUUCCCCCACUUCGUCACACACUUUGUUGUUUCCAUAUAAUGGACAUAUUUUAAUGUGGAAGCUUAAGUUAUGCUCUGUUCAAGAACGAUAGCCAAAAUCCAACAAAGCUCUGUAUGAGUGCAUGUUGGAGACCCGCUCAAGCACCUGGAAGUUUCUUCGCAGUUUCCACUGCACCUGCUUGUAUUGCUGCAGAGGCAAGCCACACUGUGAACCAAAAAGCAGCUUGUCUCUUCAGCAGUGCAACCUGCUGUGGUGGAAAUAGCAAUGAAACCUCCAGUUGCAGUGUUCUCCACAUGCUCAAAUAGCUUUCUUGGAUUGCAGAGAAAACCUUUAUCUGUUUAGCCCUAUUCAGACAUUACAUUGUACAUGUAUUCAGAUGUUUGUACACAUGUACUACUUUUGGUGUGAAUGACUGCACAUGGAUUCAUUUUAAAAGUGAACCUGGGUGUAGGCCUCUCAAGUGCAGGGUACAGAGAGGAAGUAUACUGCUGUACAUGCAUUGAACAUAGUGUGUGAAUAACUGUAUUUGCGUUCAAGAUCUGUAUGCAUACGGUGUGCACAAAUUGUGUGUCUGUUGAACAUAAGAUGUGAAUAGGGCUUUUGUUUCUUGUGAAUAUAAAUGGCCGUCAUCCACUUGGUAUUCCAUAAGUUUCCAGUCUUGUUGCAGAAGAGCUAUAUCCAACUCUUCUUUUUAAAGGAAUCCAUUACUUUUUGUGAUCAGAAGAACAGCGGCAAAGUUUCCUUUGAAGUCUAAGUUUCUUUUGGAUUUCACCCAUUCAUAUAGCAUUAUUCCCUAAUUACCAAAAGAUGUGCUUCUCAGUGAUAAGCUGUGAGGAAACAUUUACCACUUAGAGGUCCACAUUGACUCCCUCAGCAACCCCUUUUGAUGUGUGUGUGUGUGUGUGUGCGCGCGCAGCUGCAAAAGUGCCAACAGGUGCCCUGCUAAUUGGGCAAAAAGGCACCCUUUAAAGUGGUGGAGGGAGGAACUAAUUGUCCCUAUUCAAUCCAGUCCUCCAGUAGCUGGGCUCCUUUCUAGUUUGUGAGCUCUUAUGGGAUAAGGAACCAUCUUCUUUUCUUUUGCUAUGUGACUUUGAGAAUCUGCUUGUUGAAAAGCAGUAUAAAGAUAUUCUAAAUAAUAGGAAUGUGCCAAAACGCAAUUCAGUGUCUGAAUCUCAGGCACAUCCCUUUAAACCCAAGGGCUUACACAGCCAGGGGCGGAGCCACCAUUCUGCGAAAGGGUUCAAAGAAAUCAGACCGCCAAUGAAAAAGGUCAACAAAGCCCACAGGGGGAGGGGCACAGCUCAGGUGCCGGAAAAUCCCUGAGUGAACUCUCCCCCACCCACACCUGGGCUCCGGAGAGCCCCGAGAAAGCUCUCCUCAAUCCAUUUCAGGCAGCGUUUGCUGCUUGACAGCCUUUAUUUUCCUUUUCCUCCCUCCAGCAAUGGAGAAAAAGAUAAAUAAAUGCUGUCAGGGAGCAAGCGCUGCCUGGAAUGGAUGGGGGAGAGCUUGCUUGGGCUAUUCCAAGCCUGGGCCGUGCCCCCUUCACAUGUGACAUAAUGCGCAUGGGGGUGUGGCUUGGGCUCCCUCGCUGGAGGGAGAGAAAGGGAAAUAGAGGCUGUCAGGCAGCAAAUGCUGCCUGAAAUGGAUGUGGGGAGCUUGCUCGGGGUCUCUGGAGCCCAAGCCACACCCCUGUGCAAGUGACAUCCCGCGUGACAUCACUAGAGGGGCCACCAGGCAGGGCCAGACACAGGCCACCAUUCAGCUGGCUUUGUGCCUUUACACAACCCCUUUAACAUGGAGGGGAGCAGGUCCCUACCUGCUCCUCCUCAGUUGGCCUCCAUUGCCGUAAACCUGGUGCUACCACAGCUAUGUCUGAGUGCUGGUGGGAUGUCUCCUAGGUGCCCUGCGCAAUGCCAGCACACACAUAGCCACCGUGCAUGCACAGAGGCCAUGUACAGGACGGCGUCGCAAAGGGGCAGCUGGGAGAUGCCACACUGGCGCUUGAGCAUAGCUGGGGGGGAGCCCCAGGAUUAUGGCAAUGGCGGUGAUUGGAAUAGGAGCAGGUAUGGACCUGCUCCCCACCAUGUUAAAGGGGCUGUGUAAGCCCUCAGGUGUAAAGGAAUGUGUGUGAUUCAGACACCAAAUCGUGUUUAGAGCACAUCACUACUUCAUAAUAAAAAUAUGUUUUUCAAGAAAAUGAAUACCAGGUUUCUGCCAUUCUGAUCUCAAGUCCACCUUUGGGACUAAUGUGAACUAUUAUUUCUUGUUUGUUUUGCCAGAGUAUGUUUUUGCACCAGAACAGGAUAGUCCAGUCCACACUCUACAGCCCAAUCCCAUGCCUCAGCCUUCAUGUAUCCAGAGCUCUUGAUCAUAGGGAGGCUCUUCCAUUCACUUCAGUGGGGGGAAGCAAAUGUGCACACAGAAGAACGUGUGCGUAGAUCUGCUUCCUUCACUAAAGAGAGCAUCAGAACUCUCUUGCCUGCAGCAAGUUUCUUGAUUGAGAAAAGUACAAAAUCCUUGGCAGCUUUAAGCUUUAUAUAAAGGCUCUUGCCCAGUUCCCAUUGACUUGCACAGGAAAGGUUCCUCCUAGAUCACACCCAUUGUUUUUGAAAUCUUAGGUAUUCUUCCUUCUCUACACUUGGUCACCUGACCUCGAAACAAACUAUCAAAUGUUACGCUUCUAUUUUUCUAGAUAAUAGAGAAAGCUAUCAUUAAUCAGAAUACAGCUCUGUAAAUGCUUACUUGUGGAUUUGUCCUUUCACUAAAGGUACAAAUCAUCUUUGUCUCAAAAGGCACAGUUAUCCUCUUAUCUCUGAAAAUCAAUGGCUCAGAAACAAAGCUGUGUAAAGAGAUGUAAACUUUGUAUUCUUUGACAAUAUGUGCCCACCUUAUAGUUCUGUCUAUUUUUUUGAAUGGAUGAAAUAAAAUUAUUAAGAACUG